AUGGAUGCGCGUGAUUCGAUUCACGACGUCUUCAGCACCGACCGCUUGUGGCAGGAGCCUUCUUUCUUUGAUCAUGCCGAUUCGCAAGAGUCGUCGCUCUUCGCUCCCUUGGAGCUAGACAUCUCCUCGAUCAGAUUCGACCAUCCAUACGCUCCCAAACAUGACCUCGAACGUGAACUACGACUGCCCGAUCUGGACACGUUCGAAUUUGGACCUUUGCCAGACCUCGAUAGCUUUGACGACUCCAGCAUCCCCAUCGAAACACCGCCGUUAGAGCCCGAAGAAGACGUCUGGCAGAUCGCGCUUGACCUCGGACCUGCGAACAAACAUGUCUUGUUCUAUACGUGGGAGUCUUUUGAGAAGGAAAAGCAUGUCCAAAGCCGAACACCCUAUAUAAGCGAGCAGGGGCCUGAGGCCUUCGAUGCUACGUUGAUAUGCGAUGAGGGCAAGACUAGCUCUGGUCGGGUGCUCAAGGGAGACGUACUCUUGCAGUCACUCUGGAAUCUCGGUCUAGGCCGGUCAUCUAUACUCUUCCACUUUAACCCGAAGCUGAAGACGUUCGAGCCCGCCAUACUGCAUGGACGAGCUUCGGGCCUGAGUCUACAAGCAGCUCAGAGUUUGAUCACGCACUUUACGCACAUUGGCAACACAUUCCUCUAUCUACGAUCUUUUGCAGAGCGCACCUUUGCUUCAGCCACGUCUAUUCCUGCAAAGGUUGCCCUUGCCACUUCAGUGUCACGCAUCCUUUCAAGCUUGGAAGACACCCUGGGAAAGCAAUCUGCCAAGAUCCGCUCACUCAUUCAGCUUCAGCACCAAUUCGCUAAACCUCGCAAUAUCCUCAUCCACGUUGCUCGCAUGGUAGAUGCUGUCAAACACGCCAAGACUAAUGAGCAACUGUCUUCCAUAUUACACCACCGUCUACUCGAGUUGGAGGAAGGAGACGAACAACUUCGUCAGCUAUCGUGUCAGGUACUCAGCCAGGUAGCUAGGCCGAGUCUGGAACUUCUCAGCGAAUGGAUGGGUAUAAGGAAAGAGCAAGCGUCUGCACCUAUUUGGCAACGCGGCAGCUUUGUGACGGUCGAUGACCCCUCUGUCGAUACUCUCACACUCGACUACACCUAUCGGUCUGAAAUGAUGCCAAGGUUCAUUUCUCCAGAAGAUGGCAACACGAUAUUCGAAACAGGUCAUAGUCUUCGCUUCUUGAAGUCGCAACAUCCGGAUCAUCCACUGGCUCGACUAGAUGGGCUGGCGGUCCAGCCUCCGGACAUGGAGUGGGGCUUUCAGUGGCAGGACAUUGAGAUACUGGCAUCCAAAGCAAAAGCAUACGAAGAUAGGCUCAGGCAAGCAUUGCUUGCUUUCAGCACAGGCUCGACUGAUGUGGAACCUCCUCUCUCUACACCAUCUGCACCAGAAUCUGCGACAGAAAUUCUAAGCGAUUCCCAACACCUCGAUCGAUACUUUGAGGAAUCCAUCCGACGCAUGGAUGAAGCCCCAAGGAGGUCCUCUCAAGCGUUACCAGACGAACUACAGCUUCUCAUGGAGAGGACACUUGAGAACACAAGCGAAGCUGGCAACGCUAUCUCCAACACCUUCUCACCGCCCAUGUCUCUGGCAUCUACUCUGUCGUUUCGCCCGCUUAUCACAGCCCAAGCAAAGCUGGUCAAUGCAGCCACUAUCCGGUUGUUCUUUCGUUCACAUCAGCUGCGGCUUCACCUGUCUCUGCAACGGCAGUAUCACCUCCUUGGUGACGGCGUCUUCUCGUCUCUGCUAGCAACUGCCCUGUUCGACCCUGACCGCGAGAGUGCCGAACGCCACAAAGGCAAGAUGCGUAGCGGGGUACACAUGGGAUUGCAACUAGGCUCCCGAACGUCGUGGCCACCAGCGAGUUCAGAGCUCCGACUAGCAUUGCGAGGCGUCCUCAGCGAGAGCUACUAUUCCUCUACGCUUUAUCAGUCAACGCUAGGCACCCAAGUGAUUGUCGCACCUACAACACUUCUCAAUAACAGGGAUAACGAUGAGCUUCCUGGGCAGCUCAACUUUGCCAUCCGCAACCUCACCGAAGCCGAACAGGAGAAGGUCAUGGAUCCCGACGCAUUGCAUGCGCUUGACUUCCUGCGACUGCAAUACGUAGCACCAGCUCCUCUAAACCUGGUAAUCACAAGUACCUCUCUGGAAAAGUACGAUUACAUCUUCAAAUUCUUAUUGCGGCUUUUGCGCAUGCUCUUCGUCGUCUCGCACUUACCACGCAGGUAUGCAGAUAGCAAUGCCCGUCAAUUCAGGACCGAGGCAUAUCACUUCGUAAUAACGCUCACGAACUACGUCUUCCAGACUGGCAUUGCAGAACCGUGGGACGAGUUUGACACUUUUGUCCGAACAGUGGAGACCCGGUUGAAUGAGGAAGAUGUGGCGGGUGAGCUUGGGGUUCGAGUCACGGAAGGUGUCGCUUCGCUGCGCGAUACUCAUGAAAAGUGCCUCGACAGUAUUCUGUUUGCGCUUUUGCUCCGGAGGCGACAGCGCAAGAUCAUGGCUCUUAUAGAAGAGAUCUUCGACCACAUUCUCCUCUUCGCCAAGAUGCAGAACCCAAAUACUCAACAAGGUGAAGAAAGUUUCAAAGCUCUUUAUGCGAAGCUUAGAGGAAAGAUAAGGGUGUUCUUGAGUGUGUGCCGGGGCUUAACAGGCAAGCAAGGUUACGGCAAGGGAAGAGGCACCGCAGAGGAGAACUCCAUGGAGCGACUAGUAGUCGCAAUGGAGAUGAAUGGCUACCUUGCUUAA